UAAUUAGUUUGCAAUUAUCGUUUCCUUAUUUCAACAGCAGAAGUUUGACAACAUGGGGAGGUUCAAGGUGAUCUUUCAAAUCAGUGCUCUACAGAUUUUGAUCACGCUUAUUAACGCUGAAAGUGUACCAGUAACUGUACCAAAUCCUGUCGCCGUCUUUCCCCUGAACAGCAAGUAUCAAACAAGGGAAAUUAAAAGUCGAGUUCCCCAGGGAAAUCCUGUUGGCGUAUCUUUAGCUGAUGGCCCUGAUGGAAAGACCGGCAGUUCGUACGCGUUCGCAGGCAGUGCCAGAAGUUACAUCGAGUUCCCAAAUAAUGGAGCAUUGGAUGUUCAGUACUCUAUAACCAUGUUAUGUUGGGUGUAUCCUACGGGUAAAGAUGGUCCUCUCUUCAAUUAUAAGAGAACCGGUAGUUGGGGUGUCCAUCUGUGGGUGGUGUAUGGACAGCUGUUCGUUCGCUACACUCACAGAAAUUACCAUUUCACUCCACAUUUGGUUGGCGGUGUUUUGCCAAUAAACCAGUGGAGUUAUGUCGGUUCUACAUAUGACUACAAUACUGGUAUUGCAAGAUUGUGGGUGGAUGGAAGACUCACCGCUCAAUCUAGUAUUGGAAAAGUCCACCUUUCCACUCAGAACGAAGUCCGGAUGGGUGUGAAAGACGGGGAUUGGCGGUACUUCCGAGGAAGAAUUGCUGUUAUGCAACUUUAUAACGUGGCUUUAACUGCAGAGCAGAUAAAUGCAGUGAAAAAGGUUGGCUUAGCUGAUGCUUGCGAUGAAUUAAAACCCUGUCAGAAUGGGGCCACAUACAGCACAUCUGGUGAUGGCUAUACAUGCUCCUGUGUUGAGGGAUUCCAAGGAACCAACUGUGAACACGAUAUUGAUGAAUGCCAAACCUUAAACCCAUGCCAAAACGGCGGACAGUGCGAGAACACACAUGGAAGCUAUAAAUGCAAAUGCAAAUCUGGAUUUACAGGAAGAAACUGCGAAACAGCUGUAAGUGUACCAGUUACGGUACCAAAUCCUGUCGCCGUCUUUCCCCUGAACAGCAAGUAUCAAACAAGGGAAAUUAAAAGUCGAGUUCCCCAGGGAAAUCCUGUUGGCGUAUCUUUAGCUAAUGGCCCUGAUGGAAAGACCGGCAGUUCGUACGCGUUCGCAGGCAGUGCCAGAAGUUACAUCGAGUUCCCAAAUAAUGGAGCAUUGGAUGUUCAGUACUCUAUAACCAUGUUAUGUUGGGUGUAUCCUACGGGUAAAGAUGGUCCUCUCUUCAAUUAUAAGAGAACCGGUAGUUGGGGUGUCCAUCUGUGGGUGGUGUAUGGACAGCUGUUCGUUCGCUACACUCACAGAAAUUACCAUUUCACUCCACAUUUGGUAGGCGGUAUUUUGCCAAUAAACCAGUGGAGUUAUGUCGGUUCUACAUAUGACUACAAUACUGGUAUUGCAAGAUUGUGGGUGGAUGGAAGACGUACCGCUCAAUCUAGCAUUGGAAAAGUCCACCUUUCCACUCAGAACGAAGUCCGGAUGGGUGUGAAAGACGGGGAUUGGCGGUACUUCCGAGGAAGAAUUGCUGUUAUGCAACUUUAUAACGUGGCUUUAACUGCAGAGCAGAUAAAUGCAGUGAAAAAGGUUGGCUUAGCUGAUGCUUGCGAUGAAUUAAAACCCUGUCAGAAUGGGGCCACAUGCAGCACAUCUGGUGAUGGCUAUACAUGCUCCUGUGUUGAGGGAUUCCAAGGAACCAACUGUGAACACGAUAUUGAUGAAUGCCAAACCUCAAACCCAUGCCAAAACGGCGGACAGUGCGAGAACACAUACGGAAGCUAUAAAUGCAAAUGCAAAUCUGGAUUUACAGGAAGAAACUGCGAAACAGAUAUCAAUGAAUGCCAAACCUCAAAUCCAUGCAAAAAUAGCGGACUAUGCGAAAACACACAUGGAAGCUAUGAAUGCAAAUGCACGCUUGGAUUUACAGGAAGAAAUUGCGAAACAGAUAUUGAUGAAUGCCAGACCUCAAACCCAUGCCAAAAUGGCGGACAGUGCGAGAACACACAUGGAAGCUAUGAAUGCAAAUGCAAACCUGGAUUUACGGGAAAAAAUUGCGAAACAGAUAUCGACGAAUGUUUGGAUGUGAAGGUGCCGUGUGCUAAUGGAGGAACAUGUGUCGACGGAAUCAACAGCUACACGUGCGACUGUACGGAUGGAUACGUUGGAAAAUAUUGCGAAUGGGAAAAGCAGGGAUGUUUUAAGGAGGUGAAAAAGAAAAGUAAAAAGGCCAUGAGAACCACAUUUGCAAAAUUCAAAAAGUACAAGAACAAUAUCCAAGGUGCGGUCGAGGCUUGUAUGAAAGCAGCUGAGGACAAAAAACUGGAGAUCUUUGGGGUUCGUGGGAGAUACAAGUGUGUGACAACCAAAGGCAAUGCUGAUUACAAGGUGCAUGGUGCAUCACCCAAAGGGUGCAAAGCGGACGGAGAUUACGGAGUUGGAGUAAAGAGCGCAAACUAUGUCUACAUUUUGACCAAAUAGCUGUAACAUGGAACUCGAUAAAACCUGGCGUAUCUGUUGGUAAGAUGUCGUUUGAUCAGUUCGAGGAACAUGAAAGCAAAGUAACUGGAACUAGAGGAAUGUCUCUGCUAAACCUGAUAUUCAGUCCUAUUCAUAUACUGAUAGCCAUAGAAAAUUAAUAA